UUCACUUUCAUUCGUUUCAUCGGGAAACAAGAUUUCACAGCUUUCCUGCAAAAUUCAGAGUUUAAUUUUAGUUUUACUUCUGACAGAACAUUCAUCAAAAAGGCAACAUGGUAUUCAACCUAUCUUGUAUUUCGUUCGUUAUGUUACUGGUAACGCUGUCAUUAAUAGAUGUCCAGGGUCAAGGUCCAUCGAUCUGUACUGAUUCGAGAAUCAUUCAUAAAUUCGUCACGCUUGAUUACGAUUGGCCAAACGACACAGCCAAAGAAUCUGCGAACGCUAACGGGGUUUACAUAGUGAACAAUAACAUUAUCAGCGGCAUGAAAGUAUAUGAAGACAUUGUUUACGUCACGGUUCCGAGAUGGCGGCUUGGCGUUCCGUCAACUUUGAACAAAGUCAUUAUGAGUAACGGCGAGUCCGUUUUACAGCCGUUUCCAAGCUGGGAGAUGCAGACAAUUGGAGACUGUCACGCUCUUCAGUAUGUCCAGAGUAUGGAAAUUGACCCAAACACCGGCUGGAUGUGGAUCAUUGACACCGGAAGAAUUAAUAUCUUCGCCGCUGACGGAACAGCCGCACAAAACCUUUGUCCUGCUAAAAUAAUAGUGUACGACAUUAAAAACUCGGUUGAAGUAACGCGUUAUGAAUUCCCUAACGAUGUUGCUGACCGGCAAACAACUUUCUUGAAUGACAUAGUUAUCCACUAUGUCAACGAAGAAUCCCGAUACGCAUACAUUUCUGAUGCCCUAGCCUUCCGAAUGGUAGUUUACGACCGGAUACAGAACACGUCUCACUAUUUCUCGCACCCAGCAUCUAUGGUUCCAGAGCCCGGAAACGGAAAUAUCACCAUAUUGGGAGAAACCUUAGCUGUGUCUGCUGGUAUCAAUGGGAUGGCGCUAUCACAUGAUAUGCAGUACAUAUAUUACGGCCCUGUUUCCGGUUUUAGUAUGUAUCAAGUGGCUACGAGCGUCGCGUCACAACCUGGAGGAGACUUCGCCGGAUCUGUCCGAAAAGUUGGAAACAAACCAUCGCAAGCAGCAGGUAUGGCUUACAGUAAAAAUGAAUACCUGUAUUUCCCUGCUCUCGGUGAAAACGCCAUUUACAGGUGGGACAUAAAGUUAGACAUGAUGCUACAGAAUACUGACAUCACAAAUGUCGAGAUGAAAGCGUUGACCAGGGUUCUCCAGGAUGACCAGUGCAUGGUGUUUGUGGACAUUUUGAACUUUAACAAUGACCAGUCAUUGUGGUUUUCUGUUAACAAGCUCAAUAAGUUUCUCCUGACUUCCAUGGAUUUCACCGGAAACAGUGGCGCUAAUGUGCUGAUCUGGAAGGUCCCAAUCGGAGACUCCGGCUACCUUGACCGUAGAACAACGCCAGUCGACCCUCCUGUCACAGGUGACGGCUGCAAUGGCGCUGGUAUCAUUUCCGGUCCAGGUUUUUUUGUGUACUCGAUACUUACAUUCCUCAUGUCAAUGUUUUUCACACGGCUAUUUUAAUUUUGCAUUUUGUGUGUCAUUGUCUGUUUAGGGUGUGGUGUUAAAUGUUCCCUACUAAAGAAAUUGUAUGGUGUAAGGAAGGCGUGUCAUAAGAUAAAAAGCGUGUAAAGCAGGCUGUAAUCAGAAAAAAUAAGAGUGGUUGUGUUUAAGUUUUGAAAUGUAAAAAUUUGAUUUGAAAACAUUUAAUAUUCAUUUUAUGAAAUCCUUUACCUUUCCAUCAUUGAAUUGUUAUCGUUGUUUAAAUAUUUGUAAAUAUGUUAAGUUUGUGUAGUUAUGUUGACGAAAUGAUAGCAUUCUAAAUUAAUUUGUCCCUUUUGCUGUCAUUUUCAGUUCGUUGAUUUCCAUGCUUAUAAAAUAGAAUAUUACUCAAUCGUAAGUUAUAAGAUAUCUUGUAUAGUCAUUGUUCAGUGCAAAAUUCAAUUAUAAACAUUUUCAUGUUAAAUGUUUUCAUGUUUUUGUUCGAUAAUCAUUCGCAAGGAUGCGUUCAUAAGAGUUAUAUUUACAUACUCUGGUGUUUUUUUUACUUUUAUAAAUAUGUGAUAUUCUUUGUACACAUUUGAAAUAAAAUUUACAUAUAAUAAAUCUAUUGCGAUAAAUUUGAUUAAAGUUGUGAAAAUUUGAAAACUAUUUGUUUGUU